CACAUUCCAUCAGUCAGUUAAAUUCAUUACAACACAUUUCAACCAUACAGCUAAAAUUGUUUCCAUUCCAAUUUCCAAGGUUAUAACGCGAUACUUUUCAUUUAAAAAGUGAAUAUAAUAAAUUUAAUUUGUUACCGAAUAAUAAUCUCAGACUCCAGAACUAUUGUAUGAAGGAAUCACCAACGCUGACCUCCGAUAGGCCUGUUUUCAAAAUGCCACAGAAACGGCAGAACGUCGAUCCGGAGCUGCCAGACUUCACGGACGUUUUAGAAGAAACAGAAAGGGUAAUUCAACAAUGCUUCAAACAGUAUCAGUUAGAAGAAGUGUUCUUAUCGUUCAACGGUGGGAAGGACUGCACAGUUUUGUUAGACGUGACAAUAAAAUUAUUACGUGACAUUUACAAAUGUGAAAACAUCAGUAAAAAUUUAAAAGUCGUAUAUAUAAGGACGAAAGACCCGUUUAAUGAAAUAGAAGAAUUUGUUAAAUUAGUUGAGGAACAUUAUAAUGUGAAAUUAACGGUAAUGGAAGGUGAAAUGCGGACGACGUUGCAAAGGAUACUUGAAGAGGACGGAAGUUUGAAGGCGUGCCUUAUGGGAACGAGGCGUACAGAUCCUUACAGUCACGAUUUAAAAUUUAUCCAGCACACCGACCACAACUGGCCGUCGAUACAGCGAGUAUCGCCGCUCCUCAACUGGUCCUACCAUCACAUAUGGAGUUACCUGAUAAAACGAAAUGUGCCUUACUGCAAUCUUUAUGAUAAAGGGUAUACGUCAAUAGGCAGCACCCAAAAUACGUGGCCGAACCCUGCACUCGCAUACAAGGACCACAGCGGCUGCCUCUCGUAUUUACCCGCUUGGCGACUCUCCGACGCUACUCUAGAAAGAGCCGGCCGAGGGACACCCCCACAGCCAACCGUCAAUGGACAUAACACAAGCAAACAAGUUGUAAACUCUCAUAGUAACGGCGAUAUACACUAGUGGCGGGAGUUCAUACCGCGGCCUAACAACUUCUGUAUUACCUGUCAAUAUUCAAACAAAAAUGUUCGGGGCAUGCGCUUUAAACAAAAGCCAUAGACAAAAAGCCUGCGUUAUAAAAUCUUUUAUAUGUAAAAUUGUUACUGCUUAGCUAUAAAUUAUUUUGGAGUUACAUUCCGGUCUAUCUAUUCGGCCAAGGCAGAAUGAUACAACGCAACUAUGGUCAAAAAUUUGUGAAUAAACUAGUGAAUACUUUAAAACAUAAUGGAUUCCAUAAAUAUAAAAUAAUUGCCUUAUUCUUUGUGAUAGAUUUAUGUGUAACUCAUUCUGUGAUUUUUAGAAAAAUACGCGACAACUUUUAAUGUUUUUUUUUUUUUUUUUUUUUAUUGACACAUAAUACAGAUGUUCAGACUUCGGUAUGAACACAUUAAAAUAAAAUAGAUCAAAUUUAUUACAAUAGAAUACUCGAAUAUACUUACUACAAUCACUAAUUAGCAUUAGAUUUUGUUUUUAGUUAAAAAAAAAUUAAUAUAAUAAUUUCAUUGUUUCAAAGUAUGAUAAAUCCUGUUUAUCAUAUAUAUGAAUAAUUAUGAAUAAAAAGUGAUAAAAAUGCAAUAUAUAUAAUGUACCUUUGUAAUAUAUAAUGCAAAUCUACAUUCAUAAUUUUCUCAAAAACAGUACCUCUGAUUAUUACCUAUUUCAACUAUUAGUGUAGGUUCUUUAUUUCUUUUUUCAUAUUUUUCUUGUAUUUUUCUUCGAAAGAAUGAGAACAAAUUAAGGAUCAGAUAAGAUCAUAGACAGAAUUCCAUACAGUGAUUAUUGCAAGUGUAUUCGGGCAUUUAUUGUUAUUAUACAAUACAAGAUAUAAAAAUGGUAAAAGAAUAAAAUUUUAUAAUAAUGUUAUGAAAUUAAACAAUUUUCUCCAAGAAAUUUUUAUAGAUCGGAGUACAAAAUGUAAUUGAUACUUUUUAUUCUCGAAAUUUCUAAUAAACUCUACAGCAUGGAUAGGUUCUUAAUUUUACAUACUGCCAACGAUUGCAAUCUCACGCUCAUUGGCUUAAUUAAGAUCAUAUUCCGGGUUCUAGUCUCUUAAAAGAGGCACACAUGUCUUUGUAUAUAGUUAAAAACUCCACUCGCUACCCCAAACAAUGCUAGUAUUUGUACGAACCCCCCCCCCCCCCCCCCAAUGUCCAUAUUAAUCCUGUGCUAACCUCGAAGAAAAUUGUUCAGUUUUAUAAAUUAGGUCGUCAUACUCACUCCGUUGCAGAAUACAUACUUGUAUUUAUGAAAAUUGGCAGCUAUAAUACUUACAUAAAAAAUAUUGUAUGACAGAUCUCUUGAUACAUAUUUAAAUGUAUUGAAAUGUGAAAGAAAUACUUAAUUUCAAAUAGAUAUUUUCUCCUUAAAAGUGUGUACUUAUUAAGGUUAUUUAUUUAUUUAAAGCAAACAGACAGACAGCUAUAACAAGCUGAAAAUUAAAAAAAAAAACAACAGUGAACAAAAGUAUGACUUAAUUCCUCUAGCUAGACAAUGCAAAAUACAAUAGUACAAUUAUUUUUAUUAUUAAUUUAUUAAUAUUAAAAAACAGGAAUAUUUGACAAUUAAAUUUAUAUAAUUCUCAUACGUAGCAAAUUUUUUUAUUUAUUAAUUAAUGUUAUACUUACACUCACACAUAGAUAUUAUUAAUUUAUAUAUUUGUAAAUACAUAACAAAUUAUUGUGAUAUAUUUGCAAAAUCUGAUUAUUUAUUAGAACUGUUAUAUGUAAAUAAUAUAAACGUAAACAAUCAGUUCUGGAUAAAAAUUUUAACUGGUUGAUAGAAUCAUCAUUGGAAAUGAUGUUUCCUGUCGUGUCCUUUUAAACGAGUGGAAAAAAUGCGUAUCGAUACAUACGUUAUCGCUACCGCGUGCAUGAGCUAGAACGAGACAGCAGCAUCUUACGUAUUGUUCUUGUUCCUGCACGCGUGUCUAUAGAUAGAUUUGCAUACCACUUAUUAAGGUGUCUUUCGCUGUUUUAAAUUACGAUAAGUAAUUAUUAAUUAGAUAAUGUCUAAUAUUAUUUUUGACAUUCCUAGAAUGAAACUUCUAAAAUAUCAUUAUGCUAUUAAAACGGCAUGUUUCUAAAUUACUGGCUGAUAAUAAUUUUUUUUUUUUUAUAACACUGUUUAUGCAAAAAUUUAAAAAAACUUAAUCUGAAAACCAAUACUUUUAGAUUGGCCCAAAAAUAAUGUAAACAUGGCUUGAAGAUCGGAUCUAAUUGUAAUUAUUUACGUUUACAUUACGAUCAGAAUAACUUAAAGUUGAUUGGAAGAAAUCUCUUUUAUGGGAUAAGUCCGUUAUUCUACUCUUUUCUUAAGAACUUAAAAUACAUUCUUUAAUUUAAGACUACUGUACAGUAGUGUUACAAAACAAAUUUAAAAAGAAUAUGAAACGGUGACAGGGUUUUAUUCGUAGUAAUAUCAAUUAAAUAUUGUGUUUUAUUUGUGAUUAUUGUUUUUAAACACCUUUUUUUUUUUUUUCACUAAUUCACCAAACAUUUUGAGGAUAACGCCCGAAUCGUUUGUGUCUUGCACGAAUUUUUAUUUUUAUCUCACGUUUUAAAGGUAUUUUUAAAGGUUGUUUAUUUUUAUGUUGCAAUAAAAAUAUUGAUUACACAAUAA